AUGUUCAAUUGGCUAAGAGCCGAGUUCCAUAGGCUCGGAGCCGAGCUCCAUAGGCCCGACGCCGAGCUCCAUAGGCUCGGUGCCGAGCUCCAUUGGUUCGUGGCCGAGCUCCAUAGGCUCGGACCCGAGCUUCGCAGCCUUGACCCAAGCGCUAUAGGCUCGGAGACGAGCUUCACGUGCUUGGAACUGGUUGGAAUGGCUCGUAGCCAAGCUCCAUAUGCUCGGAACCAGCUUGAAUGGCUCGGAACCGAACUAGAUUGGCUCGAAGCCGAGCUCCAUAAGCUGUAG